AUGAGCUUCCACCAGUCUGCCGAGGAUAUCGAGAUCAAAGAUAACCACAUCCUCUUCGCACGUCUCAGAAACGAGGACGGAGACCUAAAGGACGCCGAGAUCAACCUCGAUGAGUUCCUCGGAAAUGACGACGGACACUUCCAGUGGGGCGGCGAGAACUUCUCCCACACGGCCGAUGAUGUCCAUUUUGCGAUCGAAGGAGACGACGAAGUGCCAGUUCUACGUGCAGUCCUGCUCAAUGGCGAGGGAGAGCCCGUUGAGAGCAAUGUAAAUCUUUCUGAGCGAAUCAACAAUGACGACGGUGCCUUUGUCUUCGCGUGA